AUGCGUAGCUUUACCACGCAAAACAUAGCUAACAAAUUAAAAUGCAAAGUACUAAGGAAAGAAAAAUUAUCAGUGUACACGUUUGGAAGUAAAACCCCGAUCGAAAAAUACUACGAUGUCAUCAAACUUACGUUAAUCAACAGAAACUCUCCCGACUUAAAAAUAGAAAUUGAAGUGUUGGUUACCGACGAAAUAUCAGGAUCGAAUAUUCCCCCUCCCGAAGUUGAAGACUUUAAGGGUAUGAAACAGUUGAAAAAUUUGACACUCGCGGAUUUUCCAGAAAGUAAAGAACCCAUUACAAUUUUAAUUGGUGCUUAUUAUUAUUAUAACGUUGUAACGGGAAAUAUUAAGCAUUUGAGCAAAACACUAGUUGCAGUUGAAACAAUUUUCGGUUGGUGUUUACAAGGAAAAAAAAGUGAAAAUAACUUUUCUUUAAUGAUGAAUGUAGUCGUCGAAAAUAGCGCGAUUUCAGAACAAAUUCAGAAGUUUUGGGACUUCGAAACUUCAGGUCUUAUUGAUUCGAAGCAAGAUGCUGAUCCAACAGAAAAUGAAAUCAUGAGACAAUUCGAGUCUCAGAUCAAAUAUGAAAACAAAAGAUAUACAGUGGGGUUACCCUGGAAGUUAGAAAAGCGGGAUUUAAAAGAUAAUAGGAAGAUAGCUGAAGAGAGAUUUUCUAGACUUAGAAAAAGAUUUUAUAGAAACCCUGAGUUGUAUUUUGAAUACAAAAAGGUGAUAGAUGACUAUUUACGACAAAAAAUUAUUGAACCAGUUAUCAACCCAGAUGAGGAAGACGAAGUUAAAUUUUACCUGCCCCACAGAGAAAUUAUUAGGAAAGAACGUGAGACGAGUAAAUUGCGUAUAGUUUUCGAUGCCUCCACUCAUGAUUCUAAUUGUUUAUUUUUAAAUGACUGUCUUCAUAUAGGUCCAAAUUUAUAUUCUAAAAUAUUUGAUAUUUUAUUGAGAUUUCGCUUUCACCCCAUUGCUUAUACAACGGACAUGAAACAAGCAUUUUUGCAAAUUUCGCUCAACGAAGAAGAUCGAGAUGUUACUCGUUUUUUCUUUACCGAUGACCCCUCGGAGGAAUCUAUUGCACCCCAGGUUUAUAAAUUUACUCGCGUUCUAUUCGGCAUCAGUAGCAGUCCGUUUUUAUUGGCAGGAACUUUGAAAUAUCAUCUGAAACAGUAUACUGAAAAAUAUCCGGUGACUACAAAAUUUUUAAAUGAUAAUAUUUAUGUCGAUGACAUCAUCUGUAGUCUUGCAUCUGUAGAUGAAGCCUUAUCUCAUACAUUAGAGUCCAUAGCAAUUUUCCAAGAUGCUAGUUUGUCACUACACAAGUGGCGCACUAAUUCGAAGACCCUACGCGAAUUGUGGAAAAAACAUGGAGUGAUUUCGAGUGAUAAUGCCGAACACCUCAAAGAAGAAAAUAUGACAUACAGUCUUAGAGGAACUGACACUAAACGAUACGUGCUCCAGGUCUUAGGACGUAUCUUUGAUCUUAUCGGAAUUUUAGGUCCAUUUACAGUGAGAAUUAAAUGUUUGAUGCAGAAGAUUUGGAUGUUACGUAUUGAUUGGGAUAACAGGUUACCCGAAGAUCUAAGUUCGUUAUGGAGAAGCUGGUGCGAAGAAGUUCCUCAACUGACGGAAAUUUCAAUCCCACGCCAUUAUUUUUCCGAAAACCUAAAUAUUGAUAUCAAAACUCUCGAACUUCAUUUCUUUUGUGACGCAAGUAUGAAAGCAUUUGGAACAGUUGCCUACAUGCGUGUUUUAUCUCGAAAUGAAGACGUUCGAACGGCCUUUGUAGCUUCUAAAAAUAGAGUUGCUCCGAUAAAAUCUCUUACAUUGCCUCGGCUGGAGCUCAUGGCUGCAGUAUUGUCAGCAAAAUUAAGUUUUAAUAUUUUGAAAUCCUUGAAACGUGACAUUCCGUGCUGUUUCUGGUCUGACUCGAAGAUAACAAUUUUUUGGAUAAAAGGAAAUCCUGAAAAAUUUAAACCUUUUGUCAAGAAUCGGAUUGAAGAGAUUCGUAAAUUCACAGCACGUUCAGACUGGUUUUUUUGCCCCGGAAAGGUCAACCCUUCAGAUACCUUGUCGAGGGGAGCAAAAGUUUCUAAAUUGCUAGAAGAUCCAACCUGGCUGACAGGACCGCAGUGGCUAAAAAAUUCUCCAGAUUACUGGCCGAAGUCAGAAAAUGAUGAAGCAAUAAAUACAGAAGAAUUAGAAUACAGAAAGAAAUCGAAGGACAUCUUUCAGUAUGAAUGUCUUGUUGAAGAAAAGGAAAAUGGAAUCAACAUAAAUAAAUUUAGUAAUAUGGAGAAGUUGGUGAGGGUUACAGCUUGGGUGAAGAAGUCGAUCAUGAAAUUUAGAAAGAUUUCUAAUAUAGAAAACACAUUGACCGCUGAAGAAUUAAUAGAAGCUGAGAAUCAUCUGAUAAGAUUAGAACAGAAGAUCUUUUUUAAAGAAGAUUACGAAUCCUUGAAGAAUGGAGAUCCGAUUCAAAAAGUCUCUGAUUUGUUUAACUUUUUGCCAUUCAUGGAUGAAAAUGAAAUUAUCAGACUAGGUGGAAGAUUAGAAUUUGCUGAAUUAUCUACAGAAGAAAAAAAUCCUAUUAUUCUUCCAAAACGGUCCUGGCUGACAUUUUUAAUCGCGAGAAGAGAGCAUGAGAAAAUGAUGCACGGUGGAACAGCUUGCACUUUAGCGCGAAUUCGGCAGCGUUUCUGGAUUCCAAAAGGACGGCAGUUAGUCAAAAGUGUAAUCAAAAAGUGUCUAAUCUGCCAAAAAUAUCUUUCGAAGGCUGCUAAUCAAAUUACAGCUCCGUUGCCGCUUGACAGAAAAAUAGAAACCGUCCUCAACUUGCGACCUCUAACUUACGUCUACAAUGAAAAUAGUGAACCUUUGCCUUUGACACCAAUGCACUUCCUAAAUUUUGGACGAGAACCUCAAUAUCCUAUCAAUUUCGCUGAAAUAGUAGAAAAUGAAUCGAAAAGAUCUUCACUUUUGAAACGGAAAAAAUAUCAAUCUCUUCUUCUCCGGCAAUUAUGGAUAAAAUGGAAGCAGCAAUAUUUACUUGACCUCAGAACUGUUCACUCUUUGAAUAAUUCAAACAAACAACCGGCACUUAAGAUAGGAGAUGUAGUGCUCAUCGAAGAGGAUUCCAAAAACAAACUGCUUUGGAAACUCGGAAAAAUUGAAAGAGCGUUUCUCGGACGGGAUAAUAACGUACGCUCAUACGAAGUUAAAACUGCUUCUGGACUUUUGCGGAGAACGAUACAACACUUGUAUCCCUUGGAACUUUGA